CCACCAUAAACAGCGCGCGUUUACAAUGGUUUGUUUAUCUUGCAACAAAUGCAUUAAACUUUACGUAUCAAGUAUUUAUUAAAUCGAUGUCGUAUAAGAAUUGAUAUAAACAAAAAAUGGAUGACGAAUACGAUGAGAGACACUGGGAAGGUGUUGACCGGAUGGACCAAGACUCUGAUGGUCCAGACGAGCCGGAAAACCCUGAACAAGUGUUACGAGAAUGUGCGGAAAAAUUCUCCACUCCGGAUUAUAUCAUGGAGCCUGGGAUUUUCUCUCAGCUCAAAAGGUACUUUCAAUCCGGAGGCAAUCCACUGCAAGUGAUCGAGGAGUUAUCUCAAAACUACACCGCCGUAGCGCAAAUGGCGAAUUUAAUCGCGGAAUGGCUUAUUAUCGGCGGUGUUAAAGUUACAGAUGUACAAGCAAUGGUUGAGAACCAUUUGAAGGAAAUGAUUUUGAAGACUUUCGAUCCUAAAAAGGCUGACACUAUUUUCACAGAGGAGGGAGAAACUCCUGCCUGGUUGACGCAAUUAAUUGAACAUCCAACGUGGAGAUCUCUGAUUUACAGACUAGCAGAAGAAUAUCCCGAUUGUCUCAUGCUCAAUUUUACAAUAAAGCUUAUAUCAGAUGCUGGCUUCCAAGGUGAAAUAACAAGUAUAUCAACAGCAGCUCAACAACUGGAAGUAUUUUCUCGAGUGCUCAAAACUUCAAUUGGAAGCUUUUUAACAAAUUCAGAAGAUUGGCAAAAAGCCAGUAGGGAAUGUGCAAAAAUGGUUUGUCAUGGGCAGCAUACUUAUGUUUACAGUCAGGUUGUUAUACACAUUUUAGCAAGAGAGACUAAAGGUGGUAGCAGCAUGAAAAGACUGUCACAAGAAAUUAUGAAAUGUGCCCAAAAAAAUGGGAAUGAUGUGACACCUAUAACAAUGUCAUUAAAUGGAGCCUCAGCAUAUCCACAAGCUUGUCAAGCACUAACUGCUAUGUUAUCAAAAAACACAUUAAAUCCAGCUGAUAUAACUGUAUUGUAUAGAAAUUAUAAUGGACCUGAUCCACCACCAAUUGAUUUAAUCCGAACACCACAAUUUUUAGAAUUACUUGUGGAUGCUUUGUUCAAACCUGGAGUAAAAUUAAACCCAGACCACAAACCAAAGUAUAUUCAUCUCUUGGCAUAUGCAGCAAGUGUGUCUGAUAUUCUUCCAAAAAAGGGACAGAAACGAAUGUCAAAUAAGGAUGAGCUGCAACCGACAAUUCGUGCAAUCGAGACCGUCCACAACAUUUGCAAUGGCAACAAAGGCAGUUCAGAAUUAAUGGCUGAAGUUGCCACCCUUUAUCAAAGUUUAAAGUUUCCAGUUGUGUCAGUUGGUGUGAUAAGAUGGGUUGAAUGCACAGUUACAGAGCCCAGUUAUUUUAAACUGUCAACAGAGCACACACCAAUUCAUUUAGCACUGUUGGAUGAAGUGGUAUCUUGUCAUGUCCUUUUGCACAAUCAAGUUUUGGAAUUGUUGAUUAGGUUGUUUGAAUCCAAGCAAGAUGAACUGGAGAUUUUAGUCCAAUUGGAGAUGAGGAAGAUGGUUCUGGACAGAAUGGUGAAUUUAUUGUGUGCAGGAUGUGUGGUACCAGUUGUCAAGUACAUCAAGCAGUGCUGGCAAAGAGGAGAUACAGAUAUUUCUUUAAUUAGAUAUUUCGUUACUGAGGUUCUAGAAACGAUAGGGCCACCAUACAGUUCGGAUUUCGUGCAUUUAUUUAUGCCUAUGGUAGAAAAUGAUGAAAUCACUGGAACCAUGAGAGGUGACGGUGAAAACGAUCCUGUUUCCGAGUUUAUAGUUUACUGUAAAGCUAAUUACACAACUUUAGCUUAAAUACACGAUGGAACGAACCACUAACAUAUAUUAUGACAUAUUCUACAAUUUUUUACUUAGAAUGAAACUCUUGAUCUAUAAAAUAUAGUAUUACAUAUUAAA